AUGGCUCUUGUUAUGAAUAUUUUCUCUCUUUUAUUCUCAGCAACCCUAGUUCGUUCAGAUCAAAGUUCAGUGCCUCUUAGAUCCUUCAAGAUAAAUGAAAAGGUAACAUACGAUUGCAUUGAUAUUUAUAAGCAACCAGGACUCGAUCAUCCUUUGCUUAUAAACCACAAAAUCCAGAUGAAAACAUCAUUUUCAGCAGAUGGAUUAAAGAACCAAACUGGCAGCAACAAGUCAUAUAAAAAGAAAAUAAGAUGUCCAAAUGGAACCGUUCCUAUAUUAAGAAAUAUGAAAGAAUUCAACACGAGUGCGAAUAAGUAUUUCCAUCCACUAUCAGCAGAUAGCCCUGGAACACAUAUUGCUGGAGUAAGGUCGCAAACUGGUCCAUAUCGUGGUGUAACAGCCAUGUUCAAUGCAUAUUACCUUAACGUUGGAGAAGACCAAGCCUCAUAUAGUCAAAUAUAUAUAGGGAGUGGAUUGAAUAACGAAGUCAAUUUUAUGCAGACAGGUCUGAUGAUAAAUCCAAGUGUAUAUGGCGAUGGUCUUUGGUCUUUUGGAUUUUGGAAGGGUAAAAAUAGAGAAGGAUGCUACAAUACAGCAUGUUCAGGGUUUGUUCAAGUAUCGAAUGAGGUUCCCAUCGUCGAACCCAUUAAAUUUAAGGUGGGGGAGGCUGUUUGGUUACGUCGCUCUAUCUAUCAGGAUAAACAAACAGGAAACUGGUGGGUUACAAAUUUAACACCUAACAUAAAUAUUGGCUAUUGGCCAAGAGAACUAUUUAACCUUAUGGAAAAUGGUGCAAAUAUGGUUGGAGCUGGAGGUACGGUUCAAGCUUCUCGUUUUGGUCAAAGCCCUCCUAUGGGUGAUGGUAGAUUUCCAGAAGGAUGCUGCGACGAAACAUCAACUUUUAGAAAUAUUGAAGUCUUAAAUUCGAACUAUGAGAAAUGUAGAAURGAUUAUUUUCCUGUAGAGAAGUUGUUAGACAGUACCAAAUGUUAUGGGCUAAGAAUUGGGACAGACAAACGUCAUCUUAGUCCACGUGAUUACUUUUUCGAUUAUGGUGGUCCUGGAGGAAACUCUUGUGGAAUUUGA